UUCCCAUCGUAUUUAUUUCCUUCCCUUUAUUUAUUUAUUUUUAUUUUUUAGUUUCAUUUAGAUAUUUUAUUUAUUUAUUUAUUCGUUUUUAUUCUUUAGUUUCAUUUAGAUAUUUCAACUUUUAUUGAAUAUAUGGAACCUACUCCUGGCAAAGAGCGUCCUCCUCUGUCCGACACGUGAAAUAAAUAAUAAUAAUGAUAUAUAACAAACCCGAUAAUAAGAUUUGGUCAAAAAUUUACCGAAUGAAAUGAUGCUGAGCAUGUCCUUGUUGCCCGUCUAGCGUUUUUUUUUAUUAGGACAAUUUUUACUGUUAAUUUCUUCCUUCAGUAUCAUCACCCAUUUUUUUAUCAUAUCAUUUAUCCAUAAAACUGCGAUGGUGUCUGUAAUUAACGUAGAAAAUGAAGCAAGUUGAAGUUUGCCAAUGCUGUGGAAUAAGCAUAUAAGGAGAAGCAGGAAUACAGUUACAUUUAUUAUUUUUAUACUGAGAAAUUAACGACCGAGGUAUUGAGUACCAGCUUCACCGAUAUGAAAUAUAUGUAGAGGACACUGGGCGGAGAUGAUGAGGAGAUAACGUAGAAAGAGAGUGAUAAAAAAAUCAGAAAAAGAUUUAGCGAAUGAGUGGGGACUUUGGGCCCAGGGGGAAUAUAUAAAUACUGAACAGGGUGAAAAUUCAGUUAGUGAAAACAGUUGGGUUGGCUCAUGUGGUGAUCUACAUUGUAAUUCCAGAUGUCUAAGAUGAUUAAGAUUCUGUUCCUGGUGGGGACGUGCAGUGCUGUUCGACUUCCCAGACAAUUUGUAAACUUGGGAUUCGUCCAUGAAGGAUCUUUGCGACCUGCAUACUACCCGAAUUAUUUACUUCAUGAUAUUGGCCAGGUGGAUCCAAACCGUCUCACCCCAACGAGCAUUAUUUCUCAGGGAAGACCUGAUUCAUCGCAACUCCAGUCUUCACUGCACUACUUUUCUUGGCCAUUAUAUGAUUACAGACUUUAUCUGAAGCCGAUAUUUCCGAGCUACCGACCACCGAUUUUACCAAGUUACCUUCCCCAAGGCUUUCCGCUGAAACCACCACAAGAAAAUCCACUACCAGAGGAUGAUGGAAUUGAGAAGAUGGAUCAAAAAUUUGAUGCGGAAUUGUCAAGUAACUUGAAUGGCGACGCUAAUCGAACUCAAAAUGAUGACGACACUGUUACUAUUGAUGCUAUUUAAUAUUAACCAGUGUAAUGUUCUCUUUGUAUCUUCAUUAUUCAUUAAAGAAGCUAAUUUAUA